AUGAAGGUGUCUGGAUUAGUUUGUCUCAGUGAAGGAGUAGCGAAUGUGUUCACAACUGGAGCCGCUUUUCAGAUAUGGACUACAAAAACGGCCCUUGCAGUCUGUUUUCUGAAUUGGACAAUCGCUGCUAUCAUUACCAUGUUUGGUGUAAUUGUUGGCAAUCCAGAAGGGUCUUUCUACGUGUCGCUCGAAGGAACACUUGAAAUUAAAUACGUAUAUAGUGGCAGCCAUAUUCUCGCCGACGUGGCCAUAAUACUCUGUGCUUUUACAGUUGCCAUCUGCACAUGUUUAUAUGUCUUACUGGGCUAUGUCAUUUUGAAAGCGAAGUUAAUCAGGAAGGACAUGGGUAUUGGUAAAGGCGAACUGAAAUACCUUCUGUGUGCGGUUCUCACGUUCUCUCCGCUUACGAUCGAGUUGACUCGCAGCAUAUUUGAAAGGUAUGGCACUGUAUCUGGAGCCCCAGUCUUGGACAUUUCAAAGAAGACUUGGUUAGUAAUGCAACUUCUUUUUUCAAUAUGA